AUGCAAAGGGUAUGGCACAGGGAAGAGCUUUCUGGGGAGCGCUCCAACACCCAGGGGAAAGGAGAGAGGUUGGAGCUGGUGCAGCAUGAGCUGGAGGUUGCAGAGCGUGAGGUGAGUUCCAGUGGAGUUGGCAUGAAACAGCAAGGCUUUAGCUGUCAGUGUGUGACCACAAUUUCACCGCAACCUGCUGACACCGGGAUUCCCAUCUCAGCAAUGCCUCACAAGAGCAAAAAAGAAAAGGAAACAAAAUCUGGAAGAUCUAAAAAGCCUGGAAGUAAAAAUGGGCCUGCUGACGACCAAGAUGGCUCCAAUAAGAAAGUGCCUCCUGCAACUCAGGUGAUGAGGGUGAAGCAGCUGGGGUCACACUCAGCCGUGAAGCGGGAGAAGAGGUUCAGCACUUCCUCCUUCCCCCUCAGUGCUAACAGAGAGUUGCAGAAACUAGCUGCACUGGCAGAUGAGCCUGAUGACACUACAGAGAAACCAUUGAGGUGUACAGCCCAGAGGAUUUGCAAGUUUGAGGAAGACAUGGUCACAGUUGACUGCAUGUGA